AUGACUGUAGGGAAUGCAUCAAGAGUCACAGAACUCAUACUUCUAGGCUUUGGAAAUCUUUAUGGUUUCAAAAUUUUAAUUUUCAUGAUAUUCCUUAACAUUUUCUUGUUCACAGUAACAGGAAAUCUUCUGAUCAUUGUGUUAGUUUCAAUCAGUCAUCACCUUCAUUCUCCCAUGUACUUCUUCCUUUGUCAUCUAUCAAUGUCUGAUAUUGUGCUCUCAACAAAUACUCUUCCCAAUUUACUGGAUACAAUCUUAAACGGAGGGAAAAGAAUGACAAUUCCUGGCUGUAUAACUCAAUACUAUUUCUAUAGUGGCAUAAUUAUUACCGAAUGUUUCCUGCUUGCAGUGAUGUCCUAUGAUCGAUACCUGGCUAUAUGUGUCCCAUUGCGUUACACCUUAAUCAUGGACAUUACACUGCGUACCUGUCUGUCUGUCUUUACUUGGAUGUUAGGAUUUACUAUGAACCUAAUAGGUAUCAUACCUAUAUCCAACUUCCAGUUCUGUGAUGGAAACAUCAUUGAACAUAUAUAUUGUGAAUUUUCACCUCUUCAAAAACUUUCAUGUUCAGACACGUCUCUGGUGGAAUUUAUAGCCAUUGUAUUCUCUACACCUAUCUUUAUAUGUCCUUGUGGUUUUAUCAUAUUGACUUAUAUUCAUAUAUUCCUUAUGAUACUUAGGAUCCCAUUUACAGCCGGAAGACAAAAAACCUUUUCAACCUGCAGUUCCCACCUUCUAGUGAUUGGUGCAUUCUAUGGGACAUUAAUAAUGAAAUAUAUGAUACCAUCUAUAGGUCAUUUCCUGCUUAUGAAUAAGAUUAUAUCAUUGCUGCAUACUGUGUUCACACCCCUGUUUAACCCUUUAGUUUACAGUCUAAGAAACCAAGACAUCAGGAUAGCACUAAGGAAGAUUUUCUAA